AUGAGCGCUCAAUGCCAGGUCUUCGCAACGAACUUCAACCCUAAUGGCGUUCGCAUGGGCAACAAGGUCCUGCGCCAGCGACUCCGAGGACCUGCACUUGCCGCAUACUACCCGAGGAGAGUGGCUACAAUCAAGGAUGUGAGGGAAGAGUUUGGCCCUGGCUUGGAUACAUGGGAGGACGCCGAGGAGGAUCGAUUUGAGUACAUUGAUGAAUUGAAGGAGCGUGGAAAGGGUGCCCCCAAAAAGAAGUCGGCUCCUCCUACGACGAAACCGGGCGCUGGAGGCAAGAGGCGAUAA